UCAAACAUUUACUGGGCCAGCUGGCCCAUGUACCCAAACAAGCGUGAAGAUGUUGAUCACUUGAUACUUGAUAGUCUCUCAGUCUUGAUUCAGUCGAGUCGUUGGCUCGAUCUGCAGAGAAUUGGAGAUAAGAAGGCAGAAGGGAACUUUCUGCAUCUGUUUUACGGUUUCUUCAUUCACAUGGCUUCUCUUUCCACCGCACAGUGCCUUGGCAGCACUUCCAUCUCGUCGGCGUAUCGUCGACGCCCCGAAACGAAAGCGAAAUCUCUACCCGCACCUCCGACACCAAAACCAGCAGAAGAAUCAUCAGGCGUUUUUCCUUCUUCUUCUUCUUCUUCAACUGCUGGUUUUGGGAAUGCAGAUGCAACAAAUGCAUUGACACUUGUAGAGAAAAAUCGAAUUAAGAUUAACAAGGAGAAGGAGAGGGAAGCUCGGGAAAGAAAAGAGGAGGUGAACAGGAAGAUUGCAUCGAAGAAGGCAAUAUCGGUGAUACUGCGGAGGGAGGCCACAAAGGCAGUUAUCGAGAAGAAAAAGGGGACCAAUUCAAAGAAGCUUUUGCCUAGGACUGUUCUUGAAGCCCUUCAUGAGAGGAUCAAGGCUUUGCGUUGGGAGUCUGCUCUGAAGGUAUUUGAACUAUUACGGGAGCAGCUUUGGUACAGACCUAAUUCUGGUAUAUAUAUCAAGCUCAUUGUCAUGCUUGGAAAAUGCAAACAGCCAGAGAGGGCCCAUGCUCUCUUUCAAAAUAUGAUUGAUGAAGGAUGCAUUGUGAAUCAUGAAUCCUAUACUGCUCUUGUCUCUGCUUAUGGUAGGAGUGGCCUCUUUGACCAAGCUUUUUCCCUCCUCAACCGGAUGAAGAAUACACCUGGCUGUGAACCUGAUGUCUAUACUUAUUCUAUCCUUAUAAAGUCAUGCCUUCAUGUCUUUGACUUUGACAGAGUUCAGUCUCUGCUCUUAGACAUGGCAAUCCAGGGAAUCAAACCCAACACAAUCACAUAUAACACCCUCAUUGAUGCCUAUGGGAAAGCGGGCAGGUUUGAGGAGAUGGAAUCAACACUCAUGGAAAUGCUCAACCAACAGGACUGUCAGCCUGAUGUCUGGACCAUGAACUCCACAAUUAGAGCCUUUGGCAGCAGUGGGCAAAUUGAAACAAUGGAGAAGUGCUAUGAGAAGUUUAAGAGUGCUGGGGUCAAUCCUAACAUCAAGACCUUCAAUAUACUUCUAGAUUCCUAUGGAAAGGCUAAGAGUUAUGAAAAGAUGGGUGCUGUCAUGGAGUAUAUGCAGAAGUACUACUAUUCGUGGACAGUUGUGACCUAUAAUGUGGUAAUAGAUGCAUUUGGAAGGGCUGGUGACCUGAAGCAGAUGGAGUACUUGUUCAGGCUGAUGAGAUCAGAGAGGAUCAAACCCAAUUGUGUCACACUCUGCUCCCUUGUCAGGGCUUAUGGGCGAGCAGGAGCUGUAGAUAAAAUCGGGGGUGUCUUAAGGUUCAUUGAGAACUCAGAUGUGAUGUUAGAUAUUGUGUUCUUCAAUUGCCUAAUUGAUGCAUAUGGGAGGAUGGGAUGUUUGUCAGAGAUGAGAGAGGUGCUGGAGAUGAUGGAGAGAAGAGGAUGUAAGCCUGAUAAGAUCACAUAUAGCACCAUGAUCAAAGCUUAUUCAAGAAGUGGAAUCACUAGCCGUGUAAAGGAGCUUCAGGAUGCAGUCAUCAGAAAAGAGGAUACUUAGUCCCAGUUGGAUGAGCUUGGCUUCAAGAAACAUUAUUUUGGUCAUCCAAACCAUAUUCCCAUGUUUUAUGAUUAACAAAUGAAUUCAUUGAUUUUUCUUGUUAUUGUAAAUGUUGGAAUGAUAAAAUAAUAUCAGCAAGGCUUAUUUUCUUUUCCAUCAAA